UCGCCAUCUCUCUCUCUGCCCAGUCGUCUACGGUUCCCCGCCGUCACCCCACCGCUCCGUCGAAUCUCCGCCGCCAACGCGGUCCCUGCCGCCAACGUAGACAUCCCCAGCCCGCCGCCUACGACCCCAGCCUACCGGCGCCUCUCGAUGGAGUCAUUCCCGCGGCCUCCGCUUCCUACAGUACCGGCGAAUCCCUCACCUGCUCCACUGCCACAGCAGCAGGCUGGGUCUGCUCCGGCGCCGGCAACGCUCCUGGUGCGGCACCUCCCAGAGGCGAUAACGCAGGACAUGCUCUCCCGACUCUUCUCCCACUACGGCGCCACGGCCGUUCGCCCCGGCGGCGGUGGAAAGUUGAGGAACUGUGCAUUUGUGGAUUUUAAGGAUGAGAUGGCGGCCAAUCAGGCACAGUCUCUGUUGAACAGGUUGAGGUUCCUUGGGAAAGUAUUGAUAGUUGAGAGAGCAAAUCAGCCAAAUGCUAAGAAUGCGAGCGAGAAGCAUCAGGAGCAGUUAGCUCAUGGGAUGCCUCAGGUGCCAAGUAUGAAUGCCCAGAAUCAAAAGAAUUCUACAUCAACUGCUGAACCGAUCGCUUCUAAGCUUGGUGUAGACUAUCCAUUUCCUCCUCAUCUUGAGUAUGCAUAUCCACCGCCAGAUGGAAACAUACUGACAAAUAUUGUCAAUUCUCUCAUUGCCGUUCCCCGAUUUUACACUCAGGUGUUGCAUUUGAUGAACAAGAUGAAUCUUCCAGCUCCAUUUCGGAUGGCAUUGCCUACUCCACCUCUACCAUCACAAGUGCCUGCUCCUCCUCCCCCUCCACCACCGCAGCCUUCUACGACGGAGAAACAUCAUUUGGCGGUUUUGUCCAGUGAUGAGUCUGAGAUGGAAUCUUCUGAUGAAGAUGUUGAUACAAGGAAAGUCAAGCGCACAAAGCAUGAAGCUAUUGUUGGUCCUGCUGUUGAUAAAAGUGUCUCUCAUGAAGCAGUUGGGGUGAAACCAGCUGCGUUAGUUUCUAAUGAGAUUCAAAUAAUAAAAAAGAAAAACCCAGUACUGCAGAUAAAUAUUCUCCCUAAGGCUGCUCAUAAGGAACUUGCUGAUCAAAGUACUAUUGACAAGGAAUUGUCCUCAAAAGAUGAACCUGAAGAAAAAUAUUUUGUCACGCCUCAGGAAAUAGAGAAAGAGAAAUUACCGACCGAGGAGAUUUUGUCCCUUCCCAUGUUCAAGAAUUACACUCCAGGGAAUCCUGCCAGUGUAUUAUAUAUUAAGAACUUGGCGAAGGAUGUUGUUCAUGAUGACUUCUACUAUGUCUUUGGAUCUGUGUUCGAAAGCAUGGAUGCUGCAAAAUCUGGUUUAAGUAUCAAGCUAAUGCAGGAAGGACGGAUGCGGGGCCAAGCUUUUGUGACAUUUCCAUCUGUUGAACUUGCUCAACGUGCACUGAACUUAACCCAUGGUUAUGUGUUCAAAGGAAAGCCGAUGAUCAUUCAGUUUGGUAGAAGCCCUGCUGCUAGCAAAGCUUCCUAGGAGGUUCUGACACCCUAUGUUGCAUUCUAAAGGAAGUUGCAUUCUUUCGGAUUCUGACGAGCUGUAAAGUCGUUAGGGUUGUCAGCCAAGAUUAUGGGUAUUCUGUGCAGUUUUUCAGGUGGAGCUACAACAUUGGUUAAUCAAUCCAGGUAUUACCUUCAACAGGCGUGGUGUUUGUCUGCUCUGUUGUUUGAAUGUACCGCAUUCUCUAUCGAUGAGAAGAAACACUGUGCUGCUCACCAUGAAGAUACAGGCUCUGCAAUGUUUCUGAGAGACGUCGGAUACUGUUAGACAUCUCAUGUAGAAGAAACAAAGCCAGUGAUCAAUAGUUUAUCGAUUACUGUAUCUCAGUCAAGUGUUAGCCUGUGCUUCUCUGGGUGUCAGAUAUGUAAAAACAUGAAUGGUAUUCUAAAGCACUUUGAGAUUGGAUCAUUAGUGUUGCGUCGAGCUUUUUGUAA